CGUCCCCGUCCCCAGGCGGUGAUCCAGGGCGCGUUCACGAGCGAGGACGCGGUGGAGACGGAGGCGGCUCCCAGCGAGACGCACUACACCUACUUCCCUGCGGCGGGCGUGGCCGACGGCGCCGCCGCCACCGCGGCCACCGCGGCCACCGCCGUGGUCACCACACAGAGCUCCGAGGCGCUGCUGGGCCAGCCCACGCCCACAGGGCAGUUUUUCGUGAUGAUGUCACCACAGGAGGUGCUCCCGGGGGGGGCCCAGCGCUCCAUCGCCCCCCGCGCACACCCCUACUCCCCGAAGUCGGAGGCUCCCCGAGCCACGCGGGACGAGAAGCGCCGGGCACAGCACAACGAAGUGGAGCGCCGGCGCCGGGACAAGAUCAACAACUGGAUCGUGCAGCUGUCCAAGAUCAUCCCCGACUGCUCCAUGGAGAACACCAAAUCCGGCCAGAGCAAGGGCGGGAUCCUGUCCAAGGCCUGCGACUACAUCCAGGAGCUGCGGCAGAGCAACCUGCGCCUGAGCGAGGAGCUGCAGGGCCUGGACCAGCUGCAGAUGGACAACGAGGUGCUGCGCCAGCAGGUGGAGGAGCUCAAGAACAAGAACCUGCUGCUGCGGGCGCAGCUGCGCCAGCACGGGCUGGAGAUCGUCAUCAAAAACGACACCCACUGACCCCAAAAAC